AUAAUGGCCGCCAUGGGGCAGUUGGGCGUAUGUAAACAAAACGACAGCUUGAGAAUCCUCCUUCUGGCUUCUUCUGCUUUUUCUCUACCUUUUUUAGCAACAUUUUUUGUGAUCCUUACCUUUUUGAGCUGGAUUUUUUGUGAUCAUUUUUAGUAGACUCUUUCUGGGAUGUUCUAACUUUUUGAUAAUCACUUUUGGCAAAGGAAGUGGAUUGGAUUCUCCACUUUUCAGCAAACCCAUUUAUAAAGUUUGAAACUUUGAGGGGAGGCAGAAAGGGAGAUGCUCCUCACUCAGUUGCAGAACUCGCAGCCAUGGGUAUUCUUCCCUCACCGAGUUCAGAAGCUAUCCCGGUUUUCCUUCUUAGAAGGGUUAUCUAGAAGGGAUGAGGUGAGGGGGUGAAAGGUUGCGUUCUAUGAUUGUGUUUAUCAGUAUCUUGAUAUGUGGAAUUCUUCUGGAGAUUUUGUAUUUGUUGGAGACAGAGAUGGAUCCAAAAAAUCAGUUAGUUUGACUGCAAUAUUUAGUCAAAGCUGAGGCACCAGCAGAAUGACAUUGGUUGACUUAGUUGUGAAUGCGAGAAAAUGCUUCUUCUGCAAGUUCAAGUGAUGAAUGAAUCAGAGUCAAGUUGCUUGAUUGGAGAUGAGAGUGAUUGAUUUCAAGAACAUUUCAUGAAUGCUGUGUAACAUACAAUUGGGAAAUGUGGCAUUGAGGUGGCCCAAGUGUGGUUGAAGAAUUGGAUAAGGUUAUGAAGGAAUCAAUUUCGUGUCACUUUUGGAGGGCCAAGUCUCCUUGUUUUGAUACAUAUAGUUUGGUGAGACAAAAUAGAGGGAUACAGAGGGUUACUUCUCAAAGGAGACUGGAUAAAUUGGAUUCAACUAUGUAUAUGGAUGUUUCACUUUCACAUGAUUUAACUUCCAAAUCCCCUAGGAUGGACCCUGGUGGCAGUUCUAAGGGCUACCAAAUUGGAGUGAUUAGUGGAGCUGUCUCAUCAAUUUUGCUGUUGAGACUGGUGCAGUUGGAUUUUGUUAAUACUAUAGUUAAGAUGGUCAAAAACUUACUUCCACGUGUGGUUCUGACUUCUGGAUCUAUGAGCGUACCUUUUGCUUGCAUAUCCAAUUCUGUGAAUAAACCUACACCACUUAAGUUGGAUGUUUCCCGAUCUUCUUUACAAGAUGUCCAAUGGAACUUUGCAAGGCCACUGUAUUUAUUCAAUGUUCAACUAGAGAAAAAUAUUGCCAUAUUCUUUGUGGUUCUGCUUGUAGCAUGUUUCUCAUUUGUUCUCAUUGGUGGUUUCCUCUUCUACAAGUUUAGGGGGGGAUCACUUUCCUUAGAAGAAUGCUUCUGGGAGGCCUGGGCAUGCCUAUGUUCAUCAUCUACUCAUUUAAGACAAAGAACACGUGUUGAACGUGUUACUGGCUUUAUUCUUGCUAUAUUGGGCAUAUUGGUCUACUCCCGUCUGUUAAGCACAAUGACAGAACAAUUCAGGAGUAACAUGCAAAGGCUUAGGGAAGGGGCACAAAUGCAAGUUUUAGAGACUGAUCAUAUCAUCAUCUGUGGAGUUAACAGUCAUCUGACUUUCAUACUGAAGCAGCUAAACAAAUAUCAUGAGUUUGCUGUCCGCUUAGGUAUUGCUACAGCUAGGAGGCAGAGAAUUCUUCUUAUGUCUGAUUUUCCAAGGAAGCAGAUGGACAAGGUAGCUGACAAUAUUGCUAGAGAUCUUAACCAUAUUGAUAUCCUUACCAAGAGUUGCAGCCUUAGUUUAACAAAAUCAUUUGAAAGAGCAGCAGCCGAUAAGGCUCGUGCCAUUAUCAUACUGGCCACAAAAGGAGAUCGGUAUGAAGUCGACACUGAUGCAUUUCUAUCCGUACUGGCCCUUCAAGCUAUUCCUAAGAUGGAAUCUGUCUCCACUAUUGUUGAGGUUUCAAAUUCUAAUACAUGUGAGCUCUUGAAGUCAAUCUCUGGAUUGAAAGUAGAGCCAGUAGAAAACGUUGCUUCAAAAUUGUUUGUUCAAUGUUCACGGCAAAAGGGACUCAUAAAGAUCUACAGGCACUUGCUUAACUAUCGAAAAAAUGUAUUUAACCUUUGCAGUUUCCCUAAUCUAGCUGGAAUGAAGUAUAGGCAAGUAAGACAUGGGUUUCCAAAGGCAGUUGUUUGUGGCCUUUACCGUGGUGGGAAGAUCUAUUUCCACCCAAAUGAUGAAGAAAUUCUGCAGCAGACUGACAAAAUAUUGUUUAUUGCACCUGUUCAUGGCCGUGGGACCAAAAAACAACCUCCACUUUCAGACGACGUUAAUGAAGGAAGAAGUGUGAUUCAAGGUUCGGAAGUUUUAGAAAAUAAUGCUGCUGACACUACAAACCAGGCUCUAGAAUUAAAAAAAGCAGGACUAGUACAUAUUGUACAACGCCUGAACAUAUCAGGAUCUAAGACAUCAGACAGUAGUCUUGGACCCAAAGAAUGCAUACUUCUGCUUGGGUGGCGCCCAGAUGUUAUUCAAAUGAUUGAAGAGUAUGAUAAUUAUCUUGGCCCUGGUAGUGUGGUGGAAAUAUUAUCAGAUGUCCCGUUAGAUGACAGGAACAGAGCAAGCGGUGUUGCUGGUCAAGGAAAACUCAAAAACAUUAAGGUUUUAAAUAGGGUUGGAAACCCGAUGAGCUAUGAUACCUUAAAAGAAACUAUAACAAAUAUUCAAAAUUCUGUUAGGAAAAAUGAAGAUGUUCCUUUGUCAGUUGUUGUAAUUUCUGAUAGGGAAUGGCUUGUAGGAGAUUCAUCCAGGGCUGACAGACAGACGGUCUAUUCUCUUCUUCUCGCUGAAAAUGUCUGCAAUAAACUCGGAGUGAGGGUGCAAAAUUUGGUUGCAGAGAUUGUUGACUCAAAAUUGGGAAAACAAAUUGCAAGAAUCAAACCAUCCCUCACUUAUAUAGCUGCAGAGGAAGUGAUGAGCCUUGUAACAGCUCAAGUGGCGGAGAACAGUGAACUGAAUGAGGUGUGGAAAGACAUUUUGAAUGCAGAGGGUGAUGAAAUUUAUGUCAAGGAUAUUGGCCUCUACAUGAAAGAGGGAGAGAAUCCAUCAUUUGCCGAGUUAGCUGAGAGAGCACAUUUACGUCGAGAAGUUGCCAUAGGUUAUGUGAAAGACAACAAAAAGGUUAUCAACCCGAUUCCGAAGACAGAACCGCUAUCACUUGCAUUAACAGAUUCACUAGUUGUUAUAUCUGAGCUUGAAGGAGAGCAACCCAUUGUUGUUGAAAAUGUAAAUUACAACCCGUACCAUGCUUCUGCCUGAUUCUUCUCCAAGGACAUUAGGUUUCAUUUUCGAUCCAUCAUGUGUUCAUUCACAUGGAGAAUUGUAUGAAACUAGGAAGACGCUAGACUCUCUCAUGUUACAUAUAUUUCCUCAUGCAUGCUGCUACCUGCAUAUGAUAUAUAGGAACACACCCUUUAAUCUAUUUUCUCGUUCCAAAAUCAACAUGUGCAUAUAAU